GUUUCUCUUCCUUCCUUCCUUCCUUGGCCCCCAAAAUCUCUGAAACUUUCUCGACCUCUCUCUCUCUCUCUCAUCUCUCCCUGAAAAGAACCCUCUCUUUAAUGGAUAAAUCGCCUCUCCGAUCUCAUUCCUCAGCGUUUUCCUCCAGACUUUUGUUGCUCUUCUUCUCUAGUUUUCGUGCUUCGAUUUCUGUUGUUGUUUCCCAUCGUAAUUGUCGUUGAUACGCUUUUUUCGUAAAACUCGGAAGCCUCUAUAUCGAUUCGUCAAUAGUUGAUUUGGAUUUGAUAUAGGAAACCAUGGGGAGGAAGUCUCAGCGUAAGAACGUCCCCAUGGAUUUGUUUGAUAGUGAUGAUGAUACAAGUAGUAUUAGCUCCUCCUCCACCAUGCGUUCUGAGAGACCCGGCAUGGAUGAUGUUCAGGUUCACAAAGAUUUGAUGCUCGAUCAAUCCCUUGAUGCUCUCUAUGAGAAAAGGACUUCGACUAGAGAGCAAGCUUUGGCCUCCAUUGUUGAUGCUUUCAACAGCGACUUGCAGCAUGAGUUUGUCGAAAAGAAGUUUGCCACUUUAUUGCAUCAGUGCUUACACUGCACCAAGAAAGGGUCCAGCAAGGAGACCUCUUUAGCAUCACAUGUUAUUGGGUUGCUAGCAUUGACUGUUGGACUUGGGGAUCAAGCACAAGAGAUUCUUGAAGAAUCCGUCACUCCUCUUUCUCAGGCCCUUAAAUCUGGUCGUGAAGUGUUAAAAAUAACUUCGAUUCUUGAGUGUUUGGCAGUUAUAACCUUUGUUGGUGGGACCAAUCCGGAGCAAACUGAGACAUCUAUGCAAAUAAUAUGGCAAAUGAUUCACCCCAAACUAGGUUCUAAUGUUGUUGCAGCCAAACCUUCACCUGCUGUGAUAACUACUGUUGUCUCUUCCUGGGCGUUCCUGCUCACAACAGUUGACCGAUGGACCCUAAGUCCCAAACUUUGGCAAGAGAUCGUUACUUAUCUCUCCUCACUGUUGGAAAAAGAUGACCGAUCUGUACGUAUAGCUGCUGGUGAAGCGCUUGCUCUGAUAUUUGAGUCGGGAACUCUGGAGAAGUUUGCUGCUGAAGCCAAAGAGUCUGCUAAUAAUGGAUCAGUGAAAGAAGGAAGCGUGUCUCAGGAGGCAUUGAUUCACAUGCAUGGCCUGAAAUCCAAAGUCGUUAACCAAGUUAGGGACCUCUCUGUAGAGGCAGGUGGUAAAGGUUCUGCUAAGAAAGAUCUCAACACACAACGGAAUUUGUUCAAAGAUCUUGUUGAAUUUCUUGAGGAUGGAUACGCACCUGAAACCUCUACAAAGGUUGGAGGGGAUUAUUUGCAGACGACAACGUGGUAUCAGAUGAUACAGUUGAAUUUUUUGAAGCAUUUCCUUGGGGGUGGCUUUAUCAAGCAUAUGCAGGAGAAUGAGUUCCUUCACGAUGUAUUCAGCUUCACUCCAAAGAAGGUUGGUGGGCGAGGUUCUGGCAUGUCAAGUGAAGAAAAGAGGAUGUUUAAAUCACCAAACUCAGCUCUCAACAAAGCAAGGACGCAAUUCCUGAACAAGCAGAGGAUGCUAGCUAAGAACAUGAACGAUGGGCAUUAUGCGGCGACGGUGGAGAACGAAUGAUGGCUUCUCACUAUUUGAUUUUAAAGCUAUGCAAACUUGCCUGCUGCCUCCUUGUUGACGAUUGAUGUACCAUAGAAUCACUUUUGCUGUUUCAUCAUUAUACUUUUAUGUCACUUUUACCGUCGAAUGUUAUUACUGUGACAAUACAGUUGUUGCUCUUAGAGAGCCAUUGAACAAUUGUACUUCAAUAACCAACCAUUUUUAGUUGAGACUCAAAUUCGAAUCGCAGAUUUUCAGCAA